AUGAUAAAAACUCACACCAACCUCCUUGUAUUCCCGAGUGUACGGCGCGUAGCGUUCCGCGCGCGCCUCAAAGAGCCAAUAGACCACCACACACGGGUCCCUAUAGGGCUGACGUUCAGCCGGGGUUGCGGGUUAAGCGCAAUGAGGCACCGCGACCUCGGCCCAGAGCAGGAGAAGGAACAGGGGGGUUUUUACUCCAUAGGAGUGUGUCGCAUCCACCUCUACAACCUCGGAGAAUCCCGCCGAUCUGCGAACAGACUGAGAACAGUGUUAGUACUGCCGCGAAUAUUUUACUACAAAGUACAGAAUGUAUUUAAUCGUGACGUCAUCGUAGGCGAUACUUCAAGAAGAGCGACGGUGACUGCAGAAGAAACUAUUAUAACUGAUGCCUGGACUACCAUGCUGAUAUCUGCUGAACCUUCUCAUAGCAGUGAAAUAGCAAACGACCAUGUAAUAAUGCAGAUAUUAAACGACCCUGUUAUUCCACAAUUAGUUACUAAUGGUGAUAUGACGGACGUUGUACAAGGGAAUGCGUACAAUGGCUUCUAUCCUUCAACUGUUAAUUUUAAUGAUAUAUACAGCAACAAUAUGGCAGCAGUGCUUGGUGAGAAUCCAGCACCAGAUUCCAAGGACAGUAAAGACAAAGAAGACAAUGCUGAUAUGAAUAAUUUCACUUUAAAAUUUGAGGAAGGUCUUCUGCAGACACAAACAAGCCCUCUUGUAUCUUUACCUCCAUCAACUUACCAACCAAACACGUCAUAUUAUACUACUACUGAAACGACUACGACUUCUUCUACCAGUCCAGCCAGUUCCACUCCAACAACCACUACAGAAAAACCAGAAGAGAAAAAUGCCUCUAGACAUAUUCAUUUGUCAACCAUGCUUCUCAUUACUGAAUAUGAGGCUGGUGAACAUGAGAGACUACUGGAGCAUAACAUGGUUUGCCUUGGUUGUGGAAAAUCGGUUCGAAAAAUAAGACACCAUUAUGUCAGUAUGGACUCUCCAUUGCUGACUGGCCUAAUAUCACAAAAUACUAUUAAUGUGCCCUCAAGAAACAACUAUGUUUGUCAUGUGUGCUGGAUGCGGGCAAAUAGACAGGCAGUGCAGGACUUAUCACGAAAGUUGCAGGUAUUGGGUUCGGAUAAUGUGCAGGAAUCAGCUUCAGACAACGUGCAGGAAUUGGCUUCUGAUAACAAUGCAGCAGCCCCUUAUGUUCAAGUAGUUAGCCCACCAGAGCCACCAUUAUUACCGCCUGUUUUAACCGGGCCGCUUCAAAGGGAAAAUAUAAGAGCCUUCGACGCCAUUGUGUUUGAUGUCGAAAACUAUUGGAAUGGGCACGUUGUAAUAAGACAUCCCAAUCAAAAAUAUAUUUUCAUGGCAUCCGAAUCAGCUGCCAAUUUCCCUUUGUGCGAUGCUAUGUACGACAAUUUUUACAAUCUCACAUGGACUUACAAACUAGAUUCGGACAUUCGCUGGACUUACAUAACUAUUAUAGACAAAAAAGGCAAUUUUGCUGGCCCAAAAAUAAAUAUGACUUGGAUUUAUCCUAUGAAAGCUACACCAGAAAAUGUGAAGAAGAAAAUUUCUGGAAAAACGAAAGCGGCUGCUUGGUUUGUGUCUAAUUGUAAUGCAAAAAGUGGACGGCAGAAUGUGACAAAACGAAUUGAGAAAGAAUUGAAACGGUACAAUUUAACAGUGGACAUUUAUGGAUGGUGUGGCAAGAAAAAAUGUCCCAAGGACAAGUUUGAAGAAUGCAUGUAUUUGCUUGAAUCCGAAUACUAUUUCUAUUUAGCAUUCGAGAACUCAAUUUGUGAAGAUUACGUCACUGAGAAGAUUUUGUAUCCCCUGCAGAAUUACGCAGUGCCGAUAGUGUUCGGAGGGGCAAACUAUUCCAGAUGGCACAACUACUACGAAUAUGUAAAGACCCCUCCAGAACAUGACGUAUGCAAGCUGUGUCAAAUCCUCAACGAAGACCCUGGUCAGCACUCCUCCUACAAGCACUUCAGAUCCUGGUGGAACCCUGACCACCCUUCUUUGUGCACUAAGGGAGUCGGCAAAUUCAUCGCUAUGAGACCUAAUUCCGAUACGUUGGCAGAAAUUGAAAAAAAAUAA